CGUGCACGUUUCAAUCGUUGAACAAGCAAUGCCUUACAUAGAAAACUUUACCGUACCGUACGUAAAAUACGGUACGGUGAAGGGAAGUACUAGUACGUGCCGUACUACCGUUAAAAGCUACUGCUAGCGCUUCGUACUCGUACUCCAACCACCUCAUCAGACGGGAGACAAAAUCUUUCGUUGCACGCAGCCUUCGACUGCACCGUAGUGUUCUCCUCGUGUCGUCGAAACGAAGGAACGAAGUGGUGCCCCAUCCCCAUUGUACGGUACAGUACCACCUUUUGCAACGGUCGGUGUCUAGAUACAUCCAAUCGAUAGCACAACAGCAUGAACUCUUUUCGGUUUCUGAUCUGCGCAACUGCCGCUGCCGUUGCGGCCGCCGCAUUCGGCGUCGAGGGCUUCCAGGCACACCGCAUCGGACAAACGACCCGAGCGGGCGUCGCGGCGACGAGUCUUUCGUUCUUUGGCAGCGGCAAGGGGGACGAGGAGCCCGCCGGGAUCGAGGCGGAGGAAGAACCCAAGAAGCCGGCGGGAUUCUUCCAGGACGUCGUGGGCAUGAUGACCAACUUCGACGCGGUGGUCGACGAUUUCGUGAUGAAGCGCAUGGGAGCGGGAGAACAGUUCUACGGCAAGCGAAAAUACAAUCCCAGCGGGAACGUGGAAGGCGACUACAACGGCAUGGGCCAGUCGGACCUGAUCCGGAUCGAGGUCGCCCGCGUCCAGAGGGAGGAGAUGGAGUUGCGCAGGCAGCGCCGGAUGGAAGCGGAAGAGGCAAAGCGGGGUGGUCCCUGAUUCUGGUUUGGUUUGAUUCGAUUCGAUUCGAUUCGAUUCGAUUGGAUUGGAUAUGAUGCCCUCCGGGGUUCGGGGGAACCCUGCAUUCCAAAACAGAAUUUGUUGUUCCACUAUUGAAAUCUAUAGA